UCUGCAAAGUUCAAUCAUGAGAGCUGUUAGUUUUGUAAAAAAAUUCCAAUGGGAGCUACCCGGCACUGUGUGCAGACAUGGAUUGACAAUAGGAGAUGUUGACAAUGACGGUGAUAACGAAUUGGUUGUGGGUACUGCUGAAGGAGAGCUUUAUAUUUUCAAGGGAUCAGAGCUAUGGCAGAAGAUCACAGGCCUUGGUCUCAUAACGAGCGUAGCAAUUGGAGAUAUCUUCAACUAUGGACGUAAUGCGCUCGUAGUCAUCUGUGGCGACGGGUGGACCCACAUAUUUUACAGUCCUAGAUCUGUAAAUCCUAACAACCCAAGCAUGUCAUGUGUAGGACAACAUGCUGGCAAAGAUACAUGUGAUCAGGACAACAUCAAAGCAAGUUCUGAUAUUGGCACGGGUAUUAAUACGGUGAACUCUCAGAACUCGGAACAGAUCGACAAUAUGAGUGAAGUCAAUGAAAUGUCGGGGAAAAUGGAAUGUGUACAUGUGCAAAGAAUCCCGACUAACACGAAGAUAGUACUGAUAGCUGAUGUCGAUAAAGACGGCGCUAAUGAGAUGAUCCUCGGUCUAACGGACCGUGUGGUCAGAUCUUAUCGAUGGUCGAGUAAUGCUGAUUUGGGGACGGGGAAAUUGGUCGGCCUGAAUAAAUGGGAAUGCACCAAUCAAAUAGGAACGGUUACAUUGCAGCACACCGGUGACGGCACGCCGACUCUACUGGUCGCGCAACCUGGCGGCACGUUUAUGCGCAUUAAAUGCAAUCCUGAGGACUGUCAUAUGGAGGACGGUUCCUGCGAGAUGGGCAGCGAGAUGGCGGCCAGCUGUGUGGAUUAUCAGACGUUAGGGAUAUCCAGGAUGCGCAAUCAGAAUAUCUCGACGGAGAUCAUUGGCGAUUUAGAGCCGGGACCGGCGCCGUUUAUCUCGACUUUCGAGCCUAAAAUGUCCAGUUACGAGCCCAAAGAUAGCCUACCGAAGCAGGGUUUUGUAGACGACAGUCAGUUAGGUAUGAAAACCUUCAAGCCCGUGUCGCGACACGAGUUUCGAAGGAACUACUCGCAACCCGAGAUCAGGAAGAACAGUUCGAACACGGCGGGGGAAUUUAGUAGGGAAUUUACGGCUGACAGCCAAGGUACGAUUAGAUUCUACAGCACUGCCGAUUCGUCCGGCGUUGACCAAGUGGACGGUAACUUCGUCGGUGGGAACGUUAUUCUAGGGGAUUACGAUAACAAGACGACGAAAGAUUUAUUGUUACCGACCUUUAAGGAUUUCUCCCGCGAUAACGGCAAUAUUAAUAGUAAUAAUAACAAUAAUAGCAACGAUACCGUCAAUGUGAAACAAUGCGAGAAGGACGGUAAUGCUAACAACGACACGAUCGCUAGCGAAAGCGCUCCGAGGGGCAAGCCGUACGCGUUAGCGACGCUCGACGGGACCAUCAUGUUGGUGCAGGACGAAGUGAUCUUGUGGGCUAUGCAAGUGGAUCACCAGAUAUUCGCUCUGUGUCGAUUGAACGUCACAGGCAACAAUAACGCGGACGAGAUAAUCGCCUGUGCCUGGGACGGUCAGACUUACAUCUUGGACCAGCAACGACACAGCGUGCGCUUUCAGUUCGAGGAGCCGGUCAGGGCUUUCUGCACGGGCAAUUACAACGUGAACCCGGGAACAUCCACUCCCUGCUUGGUGUACAAUACCUUCAACAACAAGAUUUUUCUUUACUACGACGUUACCCUGCCAAGUAUGACGGUCAGCCCUCUGAACCCUACGGAGGAUCUCGAGUCCAACGAGGUGCAACUUCUGGAGAAGUUGUUAGGCGAAUGUAGUGUCGGGGAGAGACAACAGAAGAUGCAGCAAUUAACCGAAUGGUUGCUAUAUGGCGUCCAUUAGUGUACAGAAGGCAAAUGUUACAUAUACUAUAGACAAUUACAUGUAUAAUACCGUAACUAUAUAUAAAACUAUACAUAAAUAUUCCAGUA